AUGUCACUUCCGUGGGUGGAAAAGUACCGUCCUUCAACUACAGAUGGUAUAUUUGGUCAUGAAUAUAUUCUUGAGUCUUUAAAACAAUUUAUUAAUGCUAACCAAAUACCUCAUAUGCUUUUUUAUGGUCCACCUGGCACAGGUAAAACAACAACAGCUUUGGCUAUUGUAAAACAAUUAUGUGGAACUAAAUUCUCUGCAUUAGUAUUAGAACUAAAUGCAUCAGAUGAAAGAGGAAUUGAUGUUGUUAGAGAUCAAAUCAAAUCCUUUGCAUCAACACGUACUUUAUAUACUAAUUGUACUAAAUUUAUUAUAUUAGACGAAAGUGAUAAAUUAACUAAAGACGCUCAAAAUGCACUUCGAAGAACAUUAGAACAAUUUUCUGCAAAUUGUAGAUUUAUUUUCAUUUGUAAUGAAGUUCAUUUAAUAACCCCAGCUAUUCAAUCACGUUGUGCAAAAAUGAGAUUUGGCCCAUUAUCUCCAGAUGCUUUAACAAAGAUUGUUGAAAAUAUUACAAUGAAAGAAGGUAUGGAAAUUGAUGAAGAUGCAAAAAAAUCUAUCAUAGAAAUAUCAAAAGGAGAUGCUAGAAGUAUUAUUAACACUUUACAAGCACUGUCAAUGACUUGUAAACAAAUUACUAAUUCAACUUUAUACACAAUGGUUGGAUUACCUACUCCAGCACAAAUUGAUGAUAUUAUUUCAGAGUUAUUAAGUUCACCUUAUCUUGAGUCUUUUACUGUUGUAGAUAAUUUAAUUAAAGCUGGACUUUCUUUAAAUGAUAUUAUCAUUCGUGUGGUACCUAAAUUAAUUGAAGGGAAAUUAAUUUCUGUCUUAGAUAAAACCGCUAGAAUUCAAUGUCUUUACCAACUUUCUCUUAUUGAACAAGCAUUAUCUAUUGGUGGAAAUGAACGAACUCAAACAGCAGCUUUUGUAGCAGCCUUUCAACUAUUACAAACUUCAUCUCCAAUGUUAAGUUAA